ACGUGGAGUGAGCAUUGCGCGGUCGGCUGUCCCCGAAAGCGCACGCAAGUACCGCUCUUACACAAUUUAUGAGCCGAGUGUGAGACGUCGCGGUUCCAUAAGUCACAGUUUUAAAACCAUUUUAGCUGAGCCGCGAUUUAUUCGAUGUUCUUUAUAAUUUAUUCUAACGUGUAGUUCUAUCGUGUAUCAAGAUAUGUUGGUGUAUUCAUUUAUUAGAUAAUAUUAAAAUCACGAUGAAAGGAUUAAAAGCGAUUUUCAGAUUUUUGGUGCUCAUCAUAACGUGUUUGACCUUCACCGGUGGUUUAGAAGAAGGUACACGGGUGAAGCGGGUGCGAGCUGAGAGUUCUGGUGUGCGAGACCCUGCGCAGGCGCUUGACGCCCCCGAGCCCGACACAGUUGUCCCUGCGCCACCUUCCUUCCUCAUACCCUCAGUCAAGGAGUACUUGGAACUUGGCAUGGCUAUACCCGGAAAACCAGGGACGGAUUAUCCAAUACUAGGCGCAGUGCCGUACACAAAUUUCUACUGCGACGAGCAGCCCUACCCUGGCUUCUUCGCUGACAUGGAAACCCGCUGUCAAGCAUGGCACUACUGUGAUAUCGACGGUCGUCAGGCGUCCUUCCUCUGCCCCAACGGCACGGUGUUUUCUCAGGGUGUGUCUUCCUGCGACUGGUGGUUCAACGUCCGCUGUUCGCUGUCCCCUGCCUUGUACCCACUCAACGCGAGGCUGUACCGACGGAAGAGGAAACAGUCCCGUCCUAAACCUCAUAGAAUAAUCGACAAAAAAUUAGUCGAUGAGAUUUUCUUGUAAAUAUUUUUAAUUAAUUUAAGUUUUUAUUGAUAUUGAACUAUUCUGUUUUAUGUAAAAAGUUCAAUAAUUUUUGUAAGCUUUUAUGCUUGAUAGAACUUAAAACUGAUUAUUCACAAAAGUUAUUUGCUUCAGAACUCAGGAGUAUUCCUAAAAAUAUACUUGUAUUUUUACAUAUGUAUUUAAAUAAUGAGUAGCGCAUAUUUUGAACUUUAUAUAACUAAUAUAACUUAUUCUGUUUCCUAUAAAUUGAAUACAAUAAAAUGUAUUCGUGUUCACAUAUUUUAUGUCGCUAAACAUUUAUAACAUGUUUUAUAAUAGAAAUAGGAAUAACUGUAACUGAAACAUUUUGUUAAGUUACUACAAGAUAAACAAUGUGAUAUAUUUGUCUUUAUAUCAGUAAUGUAAGUAUACUAGUUUGUUUACUAAUAGUUUUCUAGAUUAUAAGUAUAGUCUUAAUAUUAGGUUUACGGUAAAUUACAUUUACACAAUUACGUCUUUAUACAAAAUCUGAAUAAUACAAACAAGAUUCAUCACCAGCUCACUAUAUGUCCCCACAGAUGGGCUCGGAGCCUACUCUAAGAGGGUGUGACCAGGCCUUAGUC